CUCACUCUUCUCCCUCCAAACUACUUAAGGUGGGCUCUGCGCAAACCGCCGCAUUUGAUAAUUAGGCGGGAUUUUUUAUUUAUUUAUUGAACAGAACAGAGUGUGGGAAGGAAAGGAAUGGGAUCCAUGCUCAGUCCAGUGUGAAAAUGAAGAAGCCUCGUAGGAGAGAUGAAAACUCCUAAGUAGCUGAAGUUUGAGAUGGAGAAUGCUCAAACCUAGAGAGAGAAAGUGGAAAGCUCCUAAGCAGCUGCAGUUUGAGACGGAGAGAGAUCCUUAAACUGUAGAGAGAGAUCGUUAAGGUGUGUAGAGAGAGGACGAUCCUUUAGCUGUAGGGCUUCUAAGAUUGGUUUCUCAAUCAUGCAGGCCUAGUCUGCUCUUCGCUUCUUUUUUUGCGAGAGCCAUGUCUCAUAAACUUGAGCUCACUUUUUCAUGGCAAUCCCCGCCUUAUACCAUGCAAUCUCACAUUUUCAGAGUGAGAAACAAAGAUCCUCUGCUUAGAGUGAGUAACGUGGAUUUCAUCCCAUCUCGGAAUUAUAGAGUGAGAAAUAGAGGUUCACAGCAAUCUGAUAGUUUUAGAGUGAGAAACAGUGGUUCCCUCCGAUCCGAGAGUUUUAGAGUGAGAAACAAUGGGUCCCUGCGAUCUCAGAGCUUCACAGUGAUAAGCAUGGGUCUCCUACCUUAUGAGUGUUUUACAGUGAGAAACUGCCAACCCCUGCAAUCUCACAAUUUUAGAGUGAGAAACAGAGAUACUCUGCAAUCUGAAACUUUUAGUGUGGGAAGCAGAGGUUUGCUUAAAAAACAGAGUUUUAGAGUGAGAAACAGCAGUGGAGAUCUGCAGGUCCCUGUUCAAAGGCUGGGAUGGGAAGCAAUAGGAGAGGCUCUCUCUACUGCUUUUCCACUGUGGGUGACAUUGGCCUGUGUGCUCGCUCUCUACAAGCCCCCUGCCUUCCUAUGGAUGCAUAGUAAUUUGAAGGUGUUUGGCAUUUCGGUUACAAUGCUUGGAAUGGGUAUGACACUUACCAUUAAGGAUCUGCAUGCUGCCCUUGCUAUGCCCAAAGAAUUGCUGGCUGGAUUUGUUCUUCAAUACACUAUAAUGCCAUUAUCCGGAGCUUUUGUGAGCAAGCUUCUUAGGUUGCCCACCCACUAUGCAGCUGGCUUGAUCUUGGUUGCAUGCUGUCCGGGAGGAACAGCUAGUAAUAUAGUGACUUACCUGGCCAGGGCAAAUGUGGCACUUUCUGUCCUGAUGACAGCGGCAAGCACCAUUUCCGCAGUGGUGAUGACGCCAUUUCUCACAGCAAAACUUGCUGGACAACUUGUUGCAGUGGACGCAGCUGGACUCUUCAUUUCUACAGUGCAGGUAGUACUUGCACCUGUGUUGGUUGGUGCCCUCAUGAACCAGUACUGCCAUGGAGUGGUGAAGUUCGUUUCCCCAUUCAUGCCACUCACUUCUGUGUUAACUGUGGCCCUACUAUGUGGAAGUGCAAUUGCACAGAAUGCCUCUGCUAUCCUUAUGUCUGGGCAACAAGUGGUGCUCGCUGCCUGCGCUCUUCAUGGCUCUGGCUUCUUCUUUGGUUAUGCGCUUUCAAGAAUUCUUGGCCUUGAUGUCUCCUCUUCUCGCACUAUUUCAAUAGAGGUCGGCAUGCAGAAUUCAGUGCUUGGUGUGGUGCUUGCUGGUCAGCAUUUCAGCAAUCCCUUGACUGCAGUUCCAUGUGCUGUCUCUAGUGUGUGUCAUUCCAUCUAUGGCAGCAUUUUGGCUGGGAUUUGGCGAUACACAACACCUCCCACCAAAGACAACUGUUGAUCUUUCAAUGAAACCAUGGUUUUUGCCCUUCUGUGACUAAAUAUGCUGCUUUAUUGCCAUGGGGAAUCUAGACUUGCAUCUUCUAUAGUUAUAGCAAUUGAAUCAUCCCCAUUGUGCUUAGGCCUUUUGCAGUGUCCUUUAAAUUGAGAAGCUGAACCCCAGAAACUUGUUAACCGGUUUUAUGGUUUAUAUAUUGUUGUGUUGCUUAUGGAGUGUGUGGGAAACAUUUGCUGUUAUGUAUACAUAGGAAGGAAGGAACUAGGGUGCUUUUAAGAUAUUUAGUGUAUUAGCUUAUCAGCUUAUUCCA